AUUAAAGCAUAAUGCAGCUGCUUGUACGAGGACAGGGGAGUCAUGUUAUUGACUGUGAAGGCAGUGAGUCUGUUGGGCAGAUCAGAGAGCAAGUAGCUGAGUUGGAGAGCAUUCCUGUGGAAGAAGUUCACCUCUACUGUAGUGGGUCACCUCUGAAUGAGGAUGAUCUUGUUACCAACCUGCGAUGCUUAAGCAUCGAUGUCAGUGUUUCUGUGAAGGGCGGGAAGGUGCACGGCUCCUUGGCUCGUGCUGGCAAAGUCAAAGGUCAGACCCCCAAGGUGGACAAACAAGAGAAGAAGAAGAAAAAGACUGGCCGUGCCAAGCGACGUAUACAGUACAAUCGCCGGUUUGUGAAUGUUGUUCAGGGUUUUGGCCGCAGGAGAGGCCCUAAUGCAAACUCAUAAGUGAAUAAUUUUGAAAUCAAAGUUAGUUUGAGAUCAGAAUUGAAUAUCAGAGUUUUGUAACCUGCUUAUUUAAUGAGUGCUGUACAAAGUGAUGCUUGAAGGUGUGAUUGGUUUAUUGAUUGAUUCAGUCAAAUUAAAUUAGAAGAAAUAAUUUUUGUGAUUGAUGCCACUUGCAUGGAUUGGAAUGAUCUCAAGUUAAUUUUGAUAAAAUUAUGAGAAUUGUAUAUGGUUGUUUUUCUGUAAUAAAAUGUAAAUGACAGUGUGAAA